UCGUGUUUUAUGCUGCUGCCUUGGCCAUUUUAAUAACGACUGUAGUGACUAAGUAGAGUCAAAAUUGUCAUUGUGUUUCCGGGGCUGAAUCGAUUACUACUAACUAACUAACUACAUGAUCCUCCAGCUGAUCAGAAAGUAGAGCUGCAACUGUUAGUCAAUUAGUUGACAGAAAUCUCUGUAAACUGCAUAUCUGUUGGCUUUGAAGAUGCCACCUUGUGAAAUUUUUACUUUUACUUUUUAUACUUGUGUACAUGAACAUGUACACAUGUUGUUACUUACAGAAUAAUUUGACUAUUCCUUCCACGAGGAACAUUUACCACAGAGAGAUGGCUGAGGCAGUUGCAAAUGUGGCCCGGAGGAUUAAUGCUACUGUUGAGGAGGGGAAAGAUAGUUUGGAUCUGUCAAAAUGCAAGCUCAUUUCCUUCCCAGACGGUGUGUUCAAGGUCCUGAGGAGUGUCUCAGGAAACAUCCAUGUUAUCACGUUGGCUGACAAUGAGAUGAAGGCCAUUUCCAGCAAGUUCUUCUCAACCUUCACUCAGCUGAGAGAACUGGACCUGCAAGGCAAUGCUCUCACCAAACUGCCUGAUGCUGUGGGAGAAAUGGAGCAUUUGACCAGCAUCAAUCUGGCCAAUAACAGCUUCUCCGUCUUCCCUGAAAAGCUUGCUGAGAUAGCCACAUUGGAGAGGAUUAACCUGGAAGGAAAUAGAAUCACUGAAAUUCCAUUGGAGAAGUUGUCCGCCAUGCCGGCACUGAAGUGGCUAAACGUGAAGUCAAACCCUUUGGACUCAAACACUCAAUCUGCUCUGCAGUCUCCCCACAAAUUUGAGAUUUUGGCCACAACAGAGUCCUAAAAGAUGUCAUAAGUGAUGUUUCACCUCAUAUAGACUGCAUGCUGUGUGCCUUGAACUCCUUUUGUUGAAUGCUCUCAUGUGCCUGAGAAUAUUAUGAGAAAACGUAACACUUGAAGAUAUCACAAUGCUGUACAAGAAACAAGAAAACAGAGCUGUGUGAAGAUGGCGUCCUCCUUGCAUGAGUUUUUAAGCCCUGCUGGUGACCACAGGCCGUGGCCUCUACUUUGUCUUCUCUGCAUGAACUGCAAAGGGCUGAUAUUUGAAGACACACUCAAUCGAUCUUUAUGUGCCAUUUGACCUUUGUUUUAGACUAAUUUAAGAUACUUGCAAUUACUUAUUUAUUACUUUUUAUAGUAUAAAAGUUUUUUUGUUUUUCAAUUAAAGCUUAUACAC